AUGUGUAUUGAUGAAUCAAUGAUUGCUUUUCAAGGACGCCUUGUUUUUAAACAAUAUAUUCAAACAAAACGACAUAGGUAUGGAGUUAAAGUUUUUAAACUGUGUGUUAGUCCAUGCUACACACUCAAGUUCAAGAUUUAUUCUGGUAAAGAAUCUGUGGUUGACAAAAAUGAUAGUGUUUCUUCCAGAAUUGUUAUGAACCUUGUAGAUGAGUACUUAGAUUUUGGGCGCACACUUUAUGUAGACAAUUGGUAUACUAGUGUUUCCUUAGCACAUCAACUUCUUGAACGAAAAACACAUUUAGUUGGAACACUCCGUUCAAAUAGAAAGUAUAAUCCUGACUAUGUUAUCAAAAAAAAAUUAAAAAAGGGUCAAAUAAUAGCUUUAAAAAGUUCAUCUAAAGUUAUGGUAUUAAAAUUUAAAGAUAAAAGAGAUUUACACAUGUUAAGCACAAAACAUACAGAUAAUAUGGUUAUGGUUCCAAGAAGAGAAAAUAAAUCAAAGCCAGAAGUAGUAUUAGAUUAUAACAGAGGUAAGUCUUUUAUUGAUCUUUCUGAUCAAAUGGCUUCAUAUGGGUCACCUCUUAGAAAAUCAUUAAAAUGGUAUCGUAAGGUGGUAUUUGAACUUCUUCUGAAUACAUCAGUUGUAAAUGCUUUAUGUUUGUUUCAAAAAACAACUGCAACACGCAUUAAGAUUACUGAUUUUAGAUCAAAUUUGAUAAAAUAUCUGACAUUCAAACCCAAUAUUAAUCAAGAACUAUCAAACAAACAUGUACUCACAACAGCCUCAAGAAACAGAUGUGUUCAAUGUUACUUGAAUAUUGCUCAAGAAAAAGGAAGAAAAUAUUCUCAAAGUCAUUGUAAAAAAGUCACAACAAAAUGUUUUAUUUGCAACAAACAAUUAUGUGUUCCUUGUUUUUUUGUGUUACACAAAACAUAG